AUGUUCUCUCUCAACACAACCGCUACCCUCCACCACGUAACCCACCUCCCGCGCUCAAUAUCCUUCGCCAGUGCCGUCUCUCAACUCCACAACCAUGAACUCCUCAUACGUCUUGACCCCGAAUACGCAUCCCACGAAACUCUCCCCUCAGACCCCUCGACCCCAACCGCAAAAUGCUACAGAAUAACCGACCACAUGAACGCGCUCCCAGCAGGCCUAUGGGACACGACCGUCAAGUUUGAUGCGCAUAUGACGGAUUUGGAUGAUGGGGUUCUGUGGAUCAUCAAGGCGCCGUUGGGGCUGACGCAAAGGACUACUUGGAGGUGUUUGAGGACAGAGGAGUUGGGUGAGGAGGACAGGAAGGAGGGGGAGGAAAGUGAGUGGAGUUUGGUUGAGGAUGUAGAGAUCAAGGCGAAUAGGAUGUUGGUUGGGACUGUGAAGGGUAAGUGUGAAGAGAACUGGCCUGGGGCGCAUGGCAAGUUUUUGAAGCACUUAAUGGGGGAGGGUGGGGUGACGACUGCUUGA